AUGAUAUGCGACUCCACGACCAUGAAAUGUUCUUUAGAUACUUUCGUAUGUUUCCAAAAACAUGAAAGUUUGCUAAAGUUGAUAGGACCCGACAUAAAGAAAGUUUCAACGAAAAUGAGAGAACCUAUUGGACCUGACCAAAGACUUGCAGUGACACUACGAUAUUUAACCACCGGUGAUGCCAAUUCAACUAUUGGCGCUAAUUAUAGAACGAGUGCCACAACUGUUGGCAGAAUAAUCGAUGAAACGUGCAAUUCAAUUUGGAAUAGACUGAAGGAAGCAGGAUAUAUUGACACACCUUCUGGAGUUGAAGCAUGGAGAAAAAUUGCCAAUGAAUUCGAAGCUCGAUGGAAUUUUCCGAAUGCACUUGGCGCAAUUGAUGGCAAACAUGUGUUGAUGUUUGCUCCUGAUAAUCAGUCAUCCGCUUUCUUUAAUUAUAAAAAGACUCACAGUAUUGUGCUCAUGGCAGUAUGUGAUGCUCGGUACAAGUUUACUAUGGUUGAUAUAGGUGAUAGUGGACGGCAAAGUGAUGGAAGUGUUUAUGCUAACAGCAAUUUAGGUUAUGCUAUAGAAAAUGAACUCCUGAACACUCCACCUGAUUGUCAAAUUUCCAAUUCUAAUAAGGUUUUACCGUAUGUUUUUGUUGGAGAUGAUGCUUUUGGUCUAAAAAGACAUAUGAUGAAGCCAUAUCCAUUCUCCAAUCUUUCAGAAAGUAAGCUAGUUUUCAAUUAUAGGCUCAGUCGUGCAAGGAGGGAUGGGCCAAAUGGACUGCACCUUGGUGAAUGGAGACAAGAUGCAAAUAUUAUGAAUGGUAUAGCUUCUAUUCAAAAUGUUGGGGCUUCAAGAAAUUAUGGUGGGGAAGCUAAAUGGGUUAGAGAACAGUUUGAAGAUUAUUUCAACAAUGAGGGUGCUGUUGACUGGCAAUGGGACAAAAUAGGAAAAGCAAAAUAA